AUGACUUCUCAAUUAAAUUCUGAGCAAUUAAUCGUAUUGGUUUCUGGUGGAGGUCCAGUUGGUAUGACAUUUGCUUUAUCGUUAUCAACAAUGAUGAAAACUCAUGCGAAAAUCUAUGUUUAUGAAGGACGUUGGUAUGUUGAUGGUGAUGGAAAAAUGAAAUGGCAAGGUGAAGAACAAGGUCGUAAUCGACGAGAUCAAGUUGUUACUCUACAAGAUCAUGUUAUUCAUCAAUUACCUACAUUUAUACAAGUUGGACUUUUUGCUAACAUCAAUGAACGUGUAUGGCCAACAUCAAGAAAUAUUCCUAUUCGUGAAGUUGAAGAUCGAUUAUUAGUCUUAGCUGAACCAUUUGUUGAAAGUGGACAAAUUGUAUUAGUACCUGAAAAUUUAAACGAAAAAAGUGAUCGUCUUUUAAAUGGUCAAUUUGAUGUUUUAAUCGGUAGUGAUGGUGUUGGUUCUUUUGUUCGUAAUUAUUGUAAGAUUGAUUUACAUCGUGCAGCGAAUGAAUAUGCUUGUGGUGUUGCUUAUAAUAUACCAAUUGAAGUUUCUUCAGAUGAAGAACCUCUUCAUCAAGCUCUUAAUUGUAUUCUUACUAUUGGUCAAACUCGAUAUUUAGUUAAUUCUUCAACUAGUCGACGUGGAUAUUUGAAUGUUCGUUUAACUUCUGAUGAAUAUAAUGAAUUACAAGAACACUUGAAAAGAAAUGAACGCAAUGAACGAGUGAAUCUUUUGAAUUUUGACAAAUAUCCUAAUUCACCUGUCUGGACUAUAAUAAGACAAGGUCUCGAUUAUUUUAAAAUUCCUCAAAAAUUUGUUUUUCGAGUUCUACCCAUCGAAAUCAAUGUUCAACAUGCAACAUCAGUCGUAAAAGAAUUUGAAUUUCCAUUAAAUAAUGAUACAAAAACAACUAAGAAGAUUCCAGUAUGUCUUGCUGGUGAUGCAGCUAUGGCUGUUCAUUUUUGGCCUGGAAGAGGAAUGAAUUCCGGUAUGAAAGCUGCAAUGGCUCUAUCUCGAAACAUUGCUCGUCUAUUUAUUCAACAAGAUUCUUCACGAAUUCAAAUUCGUAAACCUCUUACUUAUUUCGAUUUUCUUGAUUAUGAAGAUUUUAUGCUUCGUCUUCGUCAACGAGAACAACAUGGUCGUUCUCUACGUAUAACAAAUAAUCCUAUCGAUGAGAGUGUUCACGUGGCUAAUACCUUUUCUAAUUUAAACGGUAGUUAUGAAUAUUAUGUUGGUACACUCAAAGAAAAAUUGCAAAGUAUCCGUGCACUUUUACAAAAUCGUCCAGAUUGGCCACAUCGACAUAGAUUGAUUAGUGAUGAAGAAAUUCAAUCUGCGUCCAAUAGAAUAUCAGCUAAUGCUGUUGCACAACUUUCUCUUGCUAAUCCGUGGCCAACACGAGAAAUGGCUGGAGCUGAAGUACUUCUUGAAGAUUAUUUUCCAUUGGAACAAAAGACAUGGUUACCUCUUCCUUCAACUGUUACAUGGAUUGUACCAAAUCAUGUACAACAAUCUGUGGCUCGUAACAAGAUAACAACAACAGAUGAGCCAAUCCCAUUCAUUCCGAUUGAUUAUAUAGUUCGACCUUCUGAUCCUAUUUAUGCAAUAUGGUGUACAGAAAUAGGUGGUGAGAGUUUUCCAGUUACCCCAGGUUAUCAAAUCGGACAAUUUCCUCCUGAUGAAGGACCAGAAAAUAUAUUUGAUUUAAAUAAUCAAACGAAAUAUUUUUGUUAUGGUAAAUAUGCUACUGAUCAUUAUUUUGAUGAGAAAGCAUGGUUUCGGGCAGGUUUCUUUGUCACUCCUAGUCGUGGUAUUACUUGUGCACUUGGAUUUUACUUUUGUACAGCAAAUGAUUUUCCAGAACGUGAUCCAAUGAUGAUAACCAUCGAAGGAAGUAAUGAAACUGAUCCAAUGAUUGGAUCAAAUUGGACUCUCAUUUAUAAUGGAUCCUCUGGUCUUGAAAUCGAUCCAGGUAGAAAUUCAUGUGGAAUAGAACAACAUAUUCUAAAUGAUAAAUGGUUUUCAACUUAUCGAAUAUUAGUCACGAAAACACGUGAUGAAAGUGAUGGUGCUCAAUAUAGUCAAUUUUAUUUUUUUGGUCAUUAA